AUGGCAGCUUCAUCCAGCCACAACUGUACCAAUGGGACAUUGGUCACACUAACUUGCACCUCAGGCCAGGUGACCUGUCAGAUUCUAAGGGACGUUAACUUGUCAGACUCCAUUUACCAGAACCUGACGCUUGAUACAAGUGGGUCUCCUUCAGUAAAGUCUAACCAUGAUUUUCUUGUUGGACUGGCACUGGCUGUGUUCUCCAGCAUCCUCAUUGGGAGCAGUGUAAUCCUGAAAAAGAAAGGUCUACUUCAUCUGUCAGAGAAAGGACAUACUCGUGCAGGUGCUGGUGGGCAUGGCUAUUUGAAAGACUGGUUGUGGUGGGCUGGACUUCUUACAAUGGGAGGAGGAGAAGCUGCCAACUUUGUUGCAUAUGCUUUUGCCCCAGCCACCAUUGUGACACCACUUGGGGCUCUCAGUGUACUGAUAAGUGCCGUGAUGUCCUCCUAUCUGUUAGGUGAAAGGCUGAACCUCUUGGGAAAAUUGGGGUGUGCACUCAGUGUGUUGGGAAGCACCGUUCUGGUAAUACACUCCCCAGAAGAACAAGCAGUGACUACCUUAGAAGAGAUGUCCUCAAAGCUUAAAGACCCAGGUUUCAUCAUCUAUAUCACUGUGCUGUUCAUCUGCUGCUUGGUCCUGAUCUUCAUUCUCUCUCCUCGUUAUGGCCACACAAACAUCCUUGUCUACUUGGCAAUAUGUUCUCUCUUGGGUGCCUUCUCAGUGUCUUCUGUGAAAGGGUUGGGCAUCGCUGUGAAGGGUCUUUUCACAGGUCUACAAGUUGUCCAAUAUCCUCUUCCAUGGAUUCUUAUCCCCAUUCUGAUCAUUUCCGUGGUUACACAAGUUAACUAUCUCAACAAAUCAUUGGACGUGUUUAAUACUUCCUUAGUCUUUCCAAUCUACUAUGUCUUGUUCACCACUGUGGUUAUCACUACGUCUCUCAUCCUGUUUAAGGAAUGGGUGUCUAUGUCUCCAUUUGAUGGAGUAGGGGCAGUUUGUGGAUUCCUAAUCAUCAUCCUAGGUGUCUUCAUGCUCCAUGCUUUCAAUAAUCUGGACAUAAGUCUUAAAAGUCUACAGCAGCAACUACAUUGUAUAGCUCCCGAUUCUACCAAGCAACCAACAAAAAAAGACGACCAGAUAACCUUGGUAGACAACAUGGAGACGCAACACACUGGUAGCAUUCCCAAAGUGUUUGUUAUAUACACCUAA